UAAAAUAAUGCCGGAGGAUGCCCAGGAAUUGAGAAAAGCUAGGCGGUUCCUCAAAGAGCGCCUUCAGCGGGACUAUACCACUCUGCGAGGCUACAAAGAGGAGCGCUCCAAUGUGCGCCAAUUGCUGCAGCGUACCGCGGAAAUGGGCGAAUCUAACUCCUUGCUGUUGAUUGGGCCGCGAGGCGCUGGAAAAACGACGCUCAUAAAUGCAGUGCUGACAGAUCUACUAGUCAACAGAUCGUUCGUGGAGAACACGCUGAUAGUGCAUCUCGACGGGAAUCUGCAUACAGACGACCGCAUUGCACUGAAGUCAAUUACGGUGCAGAUGCGGCUGGAGAAUGCAGCCGACGGCAAGGUCUUUGGCUCGUUCGCCGAGAAUUUGGCUUUCCUUUUGCAGUGCCUCAAGGCGGGAGACAAGAAAUCCAAGAGCGUUGUCUUUAUUCUGGAGGAAUUCGAUCUGUUCUGUACACAUCACAACCAAACGCUGCUGUACAACCUCUUUGAUGUCUCGCAGUCGGCCCAGGCACCGAUCUGUGUGCUGGGAGUGACCUGCCGCCUGGAUGUGAUCGAGCUGCUGGAGAAGCGCGUCAAGUCGCGGUUCUCCCACAGACAAGUGUUUCUGUUCCCCAGUGCCGACCAGUUUGAGGCGUACACAAAGCUCUGCCAAGAGCUCCUUUUGAUACCCAGUAACAGUGAGCUAAAGGCGAGUGCCGACCGCAUCGACAGCCUGUAUCUGCUCAAAUCGGAAGCUCUCAACUUUAAUCGGAACCACUUCGAUGGCGUGGAGUAUGAGUUCGACAACAAAUUCGUUGAAAAUUGGAACAAGCACCAUGCCAAAAUGCUCAAAUCCUCACAGGCCCAAAAAACAUUUCAGAUGCUCUACGAUUUCGACAUCAGCGAAGCAUUCCUGAAGAACUUCAUAUUUCGUCUGGUAGCGCAACUAAAGCCAGAUGCUCCCCACAUCACUGUCGACCAGCUCACGGCCCUGUCUGCCCAAUACGAGGGGGAUGACAAGAUUGACCUGCUCUGCGGCCUCUCUGUGCUGGAGCUGUGCCUCAUUAUAGCCAUCAAGCAUCAUUCGGAGAUCUACGAUCGGGAUCCUUUCAACUUUGAGAUUGUAUUCGCGCGCUUCUCCAAGUUUGCCAAGAUCUCAACCACAAUGCAGAGCGUGGAGCGUUCGAUUGUCCUGAAGGCGUUCGAACAUUUGCGAAUCGGGGAGCUGAUCAUGCCGCUCUCAAACAGCGGCGUGGGUAAGGUGCAGAAGGAGUUUGAAAUGCACAAAAUGGCCUUGACUUACGGCCAGAUUCAGCAGGCGGUUCAGCGGUACCAGGCCUUGCCCACGGAGGUGGCUCAAUGGGCGCAAAGCUCGCUCAUCUAGUAAGGAUCUUUCUUGAUCCCACCAA